AUGUCAGAAAACACAAUCACUUUUGUUACAGGUAAUGCCAAUAAAUUGAAAGAAGUCAUUGCUAUUCUUUCCACUUCUGAAUCUCAAGAUGGUAUGUCAAAAGUUGGUAAAUAUUCCAUUACCAAUAAGUCAUUAGAUUUGGAUGAAAUUCAAGGAACAAUCGAAGAAGUGACAAUUAAUAAGGCCAAGGCUGCUGCUAAUAUCCUCAAGGGACCAGUUCUUGUAGAAGAUACGUGCUUAGGAUUCGAAGCCUUUAACAAUUUACCAGGACCUUAUAUUAAGUGGUUCGUUAAAUCGAUUGGUUUAUCAGGAUUAGUCGAUAUGUUAUACAAGUUUGAAAAUAAAGGUGCCAAUGCCAUUUGUACCUUCGGUUACUGCGAGGGACCGAACGCAGAAGUCAAGUUAUUUCAAGGUGUUACCAAGGGUAAUAUCGUCGACAGCAGAGGCCCUACUGACUUUGGUUGGGAUUCAGUCUUUGAACCAGAAGGAUUCGACCAAACUUAUGCCGAAAUGGAUAAGAAAAACAAGAAUACAAUCUCCCAUAGAUUUAGAGCGUUAGAUAAAUUAAGGGACUUUUUGACUAACCAAUAA